AUGAUGAUUUCGAGAGGAUUGUUCGGGUGGUCUCCGCCGCAUGUACAACCGCUGACGCCGGUGUCGGAGGUGUCGGAGCCACCGGAGUCUCCGUCGCCGUAUUUGGACCCUAGUGCGGAGAAUUCUACGUCGCAGCAGGUGGAGGUGGAGGAGGAAAUGGAGGAGCAGGAGGAGAUGGAGCCGCCGCCUGCUGCCGUGCCUUUCUCGAAGCUGUUUGCGUGUGCGGAUAGGUUUGAUUGGUUUCUGAUGGCGGUUGGCUCGGUUGCUGCGGCCGCGCAUGGAACGGCGCUUGUGGUUUAUUUGCAUUAUUUUGCGAAGAUUGUUCAUGUGUUGAGGAUGGAUGAUCAGCCGGCGGGGUCGCAGGAGAGGUUUGAGAGGUUCACUGAGCUUGCUUUAACCAUUGUUUACAUUGCAGCGGGAGUUUUUGUGGCUGGCUGGAUUGAGGUUUCAUGUUGGAUUUUGACUGGAGAACGACAAACUGCCGUCAUAAGAUCCAACUAUGUUCAAGUAUUAUUAAAUCAGGAUAUGAGUUUUUUCGAUACUUAUGGGAAUAAUGGAGACAUUGUGAGUCAAGUAUUGAGUGAUGUGCUGCUUAUUCAGUCUGCUCUUAGCGAAAAAGUUGGGAAUUAUAUUCAUAAUAUGGCUACAUUCUUCAGUGGUCUUGUCAUUGGCCUUAUCAACUGUUGGCAGAUUGCUUUGAUAACAUUAGCAACGGGUCCCUUUAUUGUUGCCGCGGGAGGAAUAUCAAAUAUAUUUCUCCAUAGACUUGCAGAGAAUAUCCAAGAUGCAUAUGCUGAAGCAGCCAGCAUUGCUGAACAGGCAGUUUCCUAUGUAAGGACAUUGUAUGCAUUUACAAAUGAAACGUUGGCCAAAUACUCAUAUGCAACAUCACUGCAAGCUACUCUUAGAUAUGGCAUAUUGAUAAGUCUUGUUCAAGGGCUAGGUCUUGGAUUCACAUACGGACUUGCAAUAUGUUCUUGUGCUUUACAGCUCUGGGUUGGAAGAUUCUUAGUUAUUCACGGAAAAGCACAUGGUGGUGAAAUUGUAACAGCACUUUUUGCUGUAAUUUUAAGUGGCCUGGGAUUGAAUCAAGCAGCGACAAAUUUCUACUCCUUUGAACAGGGGCGGAUAGCUGCUUAUAGAUUAUAUGAGAUGAUAAGUCGGUCAUCCUCAUCUGUUAAUCAUGAUGGCACUUCUCCAGACUCUGUUCAAGGAAAUAUAGUGUUUCGGAAUGUUUAUUUCAGCUAUCUGUCUCGUCCCGAAAUCCCUAUCUUGAGUGGAUUUUUUCUCACUGUACCUUCUAAGAAAGCUGUAGCACUUGUUGGCAGAAAUGGCUCUGGAAAAAGUAGUAUUAUUCCACUCAUGGAGCGUUUUUAUGAUCCUACAUUAGGAGAAGUUCUUUUAGAUGGUGAAAACAUCAAGAAUUUGAAUUUGGAGUGGCUGAGGAGCCAAAUAGGACUAGUUACCCAGGAGCCUGCUUUGCUCAGUUUGAGUAUAAGAGAUAACAUUGCUUAUGGGAGGGAUGUCACCAUAGAUCAAAUUGAAGAGGCUGCUAAAAUGGCCCAUGCACAUACAUUUAUCAGCUCAUUGGAGAAAGGUUAUGACACACAGGUUGGUAGGGCAGGUCUAGCUUUGACUGAAGAGCAGAAAAUAAAACUUUCUAUUGCUAGAGCUGUGCUUCUAAAUCCAUCGAUUCUUCUGCUUGAUGAAGUCACCGGUGGACUUGAUUUUGAGGCUGAGAGGGCUGUUCAUGAGGCUCUGGAUAUGCUUAUGUUGGGACGCUCAACAAUAAUAAUUGCUCGAAGGCUUAGUCUCAUAAGAAAUGCCGAUUAUAUAGCUGUAAUGGAGGAGGGUCAACUCAUUGAAAUGGGUACCCAUGAUGAAUUGUUGAACCUGAAUGGCUUAUAUGCAGAGCUUCUACGAUGUGAAGAGGCAGCAAAACUUCCCAAGCGGAUGCCUGCUCGAAACUACAAGGAGACUGCAGCAUCUCAAAUUGAGAAGGAUUCUUCAGCAAGCCAUAGCUUCAACGAACCAUCAUCCCCCAAAAUGAUGAAGUCACCGUCUCUUCAAAGAAUUUCAAAUGUAUCACAUUCGCGACCUUCAGAUGUCGUCUAUAACUUUCAAGAAUCACCUAAAGACCUGAGUCCACCUCCUGAGAUGAUGCUGGAAAAUGGUCAAGCUCUAGAUGCAGCUGAUAAGGAGCCAUCAAUAAGAAGGCAGGAUAGUUUUGAAAUGAGACUGCCAGAGUUACCCAAGAUUGAUAUACAGUCUGUGCAUCGACAAAAAUCAAAUGGGUCUGGCCCAGAAUCCCCCAUUUCCCCACUUUUAACAUCUGAUCCUAAAAAAGAACGUUCCCAUUCACAAAGUUUUAGUAGACCACAUAGUCAUUCUGAUGAUGCCUCAGUUACAUUGAGAGAAGAAAGGGAAGCACAGCAGCGGAAACCACCCUCACUUCGGAAGUUGGCCGAACUUAGUUCUGCCGAGUGGCUUUAUGCUGUGUUAGGAAGCAUUGGUGCUGCCGCCUUUGGUUCUUUCAAUCCCCUCCUGGCUUAUGUUAUUGGCCUUGUGGUGGCAGCUUACUACAGAAUUGAUAAACAUCACCACUUAGAACACGAGAUAAACAAGUGGUGCUUGAUCAUUGGCUGCAUGGGUAUCGUAACUGUUAUUGCCAACUUUUUGCAGCAUUUCUACUUCGGUAUCAUGGGAGAGAAAAUGACAGAAAGAGUUAGAAGAAUGAUGUUCUCAGCCAUGCUACGGAAUGAAGUAGGAUGGUUUGAUGAUGAGGAAAACAGUGCGGACAAUUUAUCCAUGAGAUUGGCCAAUGAUGCUACUUUUGUACGAGCUGCUUUUAGCAAUCGACUUUCCAUAUUUAUACAGGACAGUGCUGCAGUUAUUGUUGGCCUUCUCAUUGGUGCUGUGCUGCACUGGCGGUUAGCACUGGUGGCUUUUGCAACCCUUCCAAUUCUCUGUAUUUCUGCAGUUGCCCAGAAAUUGUGGCUAGCUGGAUUUUCAAGAGGCAUACAAGAAAUGCACAGAAAAGCUUCGUUGGUUCUUGAAGAUGCAGUUAGAAAUAUAUACACUGUUGUUGCAUUUUGUGCCGGAAAUAAGGUAAUGGAGCUCUAUAGGCUGCAGUUAAAGAAAAUAUUUAAGCAGAGCUUUCUUCAUGGGAUGGGGAUUGGUUUUGCAUUUGGCUUUUCACAGUUUCUACUUUUUGCUUGUAAUGCCCUUCUACUUUGGUACACUGCAAUAUGUAUUAAGAAUGGUUACACCAAUCCAUCCACUGCCCUGAGGGAAUACAUGGUUUUCUCCUUUGCCACAUUUGCCCUUGUGGAACCUUUUGGAUUGGCUCCUUACAUACUUAAACGACGGAAAUCCCUCAUAUCAGUGUUUGACAUUAUAGACCGUGAGCCUAAAAUUGAUCCUGAUGAUAACAAAGCUUUGAAGCCACCCAAUGUAUAUGGAAGCAUCGAGUUAAAAAAUAUUGAUUUUUGUUAUCCAUCACGUCCUGAAGUAUUGGUAUUGAGCAAUUUUAAUCUGAAAAUGAAUGGAGGCCAAACAGUUGCUGUAGUUGGAGUUUCAGGGUCAGGAAAGAGCACUAUAAUAUCUUUGAUGCAAAGAUUUUAUGAUCCAGUUGCGGGCCAAGUUUUACUUGAUGGAAGGGAUUUAAAGCUCUAUAACUUGAGAUGGUUGAGGAGCCAUCUCGGUCUGAUUCAGCAGGAACCGGUUAUCUUCUCAACAACCAUUAGAGAAAACAUUAUAUAUGCAAGACACAAUGCAAGUGAAGCUGAGAUGAAAGAAGCAGCAAGAAUAGCAAAUGCUCAUCAUUUUAUUAGCAGUUUGCCUCACGGUUACGACACUCAUGUUGGGAUGAGAGGUGUUGACUUAACCCCAGGACAGAAACAGAGAAUUGCAAUAGCAAGAGUAGUACUGAAAAAUGCACCUAUCUUAUUGUUGGAUGAAGCAAGUUCAUCAAUUGAAUCCGAGUCAAGCCGAGUGAUACAAGAAGCUCUAGACACACUAAUAAUGGGAAACAAGACCACUAUUUUAAUAGCGCAUAGAGCUGCAAUGAUGAGGCACGUGGACAAUAUUGUAGUGCUUAAUGGAGGACGGAUAGUGGAAGAAGGGAGUCAUGAUACGUUGGUGGCAAAGAAUGGUCUGUAUGUCCGAUUGAUGCAACCUCAUUUUGGUAAAGCUAUGCGUCAGCAUCGGCUUAGUUAG